CUGAGACCCAAAUCCCUCGUCCCUCCCGCCUAUAUGAAGCGAUAUCCAAAAAGAAAAUAGGUUUCUUUCCUUUAAAAUUAUACUAGUUUUCAACAGACAACCAGGAAACUCAGUUGUAAUAUACAUAUCUCCAUUUUAGGUGUGCAUCGCAUCCAUCAUUGCUCAAUAAAGAAAAAAGAAAUCAUGGAAAUUUACCAUGUGAAGACCCACAGGCAAAAGAUUUAUAGAAAGAAAAAGAAGAAGAAGGGAAGAAGAGAGGAUAGAAUCAGUAGAUUACCUGAUGCUCUACUUCAACAUAUCCUGUCAUUUCUUCCAACAAAAUGUACUGUGUGCACCAGUGUUUUAUCUAAAAGAUGGAGGAAUAUCUGGACCGGUGUUCCUGUUCUCAGUUUUCUUGAUUGGCCAUGUUUUGCUCCGAAAGAGAAGCGUCUCUUGGAGGUUGAAAGAUUGCUGAGUUUUAUGGAUAAAAGGUUACCUACUAUUCAUCAUGAUAAUAUGCCAAAUAUACAGAAGUUCUAUCUUCACCUUUCUGAAUUCAUUUCCUAUGAAUCUCCCGUUAAUGCAUGGAUCACUACUUUAGUAAGUUGCAAACUUGAGGAGCUCACACUUGUUGCUUUUAUAGGCGAAGUCUCUCUUUUUCCCCCUAGUUUUCUUAUAUCCAAAUCAUUGACUACACUGGACUUAAAAAUGUACAUUGAAUUCAAACCUCCUGGAUUAGUUUAUCUUCCACAGCUCAAGAUCCUUCGCUUAACGUAUAUCAAAUUUACCAAUAUGGAUUUGACUUUGAAAUUCUUUUCUGGCUGCCCUGUCUUGGAGCAGUUGAGUUUAGACAAAUGCAGUUGGGGUGAUAUGGUUGUAUCUAUAUUAUUUCCUGUCUUGAAGUGCUUAUCCAUUACUAAUUACAGUGGUACACCUCAUUUAGAAGGUUCUAGGGUUAAGAUUCAUGCUCCAAAUCUAGUUUCCCUCAAUUAUGUUGAAACUGUAAAUAAGACUUCUGAUUUGACUAGCUGUUCAUCACUAGCUGACUCAAAUAUUCACUUUCCAUAUUUGUACCAAUAUUUUCCUGAAAGAAGGGGACAAGUUUGUUCUAGAACAGCUAAGCUUCUUGCUGGGCUUUCUAAUGUCAAGCUUCUUAAAUUGUCAGGCGAAACAUUUGAGGCUCUUUCCUUCGCGGAUGAACGUUUAGCCAAUUGAUGCUCAUUUAACAAUUUGAUCCAUCUGGAAGUGUCUUCAGCUAUGCGUUGUUCGACUUUAAGAGCAUUAUUUGACCUUCUGCUGACCUCGCGUAAUCUAAAGUCACUCGUCUUUGCUGAGGACUUUAACGGAACCUCACCCUUUCAUAUGGAUGUCGAUGAUGACAGUGAUAGUCUGAUACAAAGUUUAAUGGGUCAGUGUCUGUUGCUUCACCUCGAAUCAGUUGAGUUCAAGAAAUUUAAUGGGCACCCGAGGGAGCUGGACGUUGUAAAAUUAUUCUUAAGGAAUGCAGUAGUUCUGAAGAGGUUGAUUGUCGAAGAUUCUUCAUGUUCGCGGAAUAAGAAGAAUGUUAUCCAGCAGCUGCAAAACAUUCCCAGAGGUUCCAAAAACUGUGUAGUUAGGUUCUCAACUUCAAGCUGUGUUUCGUACCUUUAUAAAUGAUUCUUGUGUCCCACCUUUUCUUUUUUUUUUUGUUAUCAGAAAAAUUGUGUCCGGUUUAGAUACUUCUUUUUGGAUGCUCUUUAAUUU